AUGGAGUCGCUCACGGACGAGCAGCGCGCGCUGUUCGCCGAUGGCGGCCAGCUGGACGACUACGAGGUGCUCAAACCCAUCGGCAAGGGCAAGUUCUCGGUGGUUUUCAAGGCCAAGCGGCGCUGCGACGGCCAGGCGGUGGCGCUCAAGAAGAUUGCCAUCUUCGACAUGAUGAACCUCAAAGCUCGCGAGAAAACGCUCAAGGAGGUGCGUCUGGUGCAGUCGGUCAGCCACCCGAACAUCAUUCAGUAUCUGGAUGCGUUCGUGCAGAAUAACGAGCUGUACAUUGCCUUCGAGUGGGCAGAAGCGGGUGACCUCAAGCGGCAGAUCAGGAAAGCCAAUGAGAAAGGGGUGAGGUUUGACGAACGCACCAUUUGGAGAUACUUCACGCAGCUCUGCGGCGCCAUUUUGUACCUGCACCAGGCGCGUAUCAUGCACCGCGACCUCAAACCGGCGAACAUAUUUUUGACGUUGAAAGGAGUGGUGAAAGUCGGAGACCUUGGCUUGGGGCGGUAUUUGAGUGAAAACACAGUCGAGGCUCGCUCGAAGGUUGGAACCCCGCUGUAUAUGUCACCGGAGGUGCUGCGUGGUGAAAGUUACGACUGGAAGAGCGACGUGUGGUCCAUGGGGUGCAUCUUGUACGAGCUCGCAAUGCUUCGGUCGCCGUUUAAGUCAGAGGGUUUGAACCUGGUGGGGCUUUUCCAGAAAAUCAAUAAAGGGUACUACGAGGAGAUUCCGGAGGUCUACAGUGACCAUCUGCGCGGCCUCGUCAAGCGGAUGAUCUCGCUCACGGCGUCUGACCGUCCAAACGCGCUCGUCUCGAUCGCGAAGCAGUAG